CACAACCAGAACCUCAAAGAGAUAACCUUCAGCACAUGUGCCCAUAAUAUAGAAUAGUGACACUGGCUAAUUAGAGCAAUGGCUAGUCCAGUUAAUUACGAGUUUGUAGACAAAGUACCGGAAGAUCAUCAGUGCACUAUUUGCACUAACAUUCUAACAGACCCAGUACUGACCGAAUGUUGUGGACAACUUUUUUGUGAUGGCUGUCUAAAAAAAUGGCUACAGAAGCAGAAGACUUGCCCACAUUGUCGAGAAAUCAACUUCGUUUCUAUUAAAGAUAAACGGAUGAAACGAGCCAUCGACAGUUUGAAGAUCUACUGUCCUAAUCGCUCCAAGGGUUGUGACAAAAUCACUACACUGGGUGAAUGCAAUCAACAUCUCAAGAAAUGCUUGUUUGUGGAGGUAUCAUGCACUAAGAAAUGUGGAGAAAGAAUGCUACGAAAAGAGCUUCAAGAUCACGAGGACAACAAGUGCCCAAACCGUCUGGUACAAUGUCAGUAUUGCAACACAGAGGGGAUGCACAAAGAAAUAACAGCCAAACAUCACUUGGACAAAUGUCCACUAUUUCCUAUUUAUUGCCCCAACAAUUGUAGGCAUGAGAAAAUACCACGCAAGAGCUUAGCAGAUCACCAGGAGGUGUGUCCUCUUGAGCCAGUAAAGUGUCCCUUCUUUGAAGCUGGGUGUACGAAAAUGAUUGUACGAAAAGAUUUAGCAGAACAUAAAGCAUCAAACACAGAGCACCACCUGGAGUUAGUGAUGACAGAGAUGGUUACACUUAAGCAGAAGGCUAAGAAAUUUGAACAAGAGGCAACGGCUGAAAUAGAAGCAGUGAAACAAAAGGUUAAUCAGCUACAGCAACUUUCACUCAAGUUUGAUGGCCUGGCAUUUUGUGUAACUAAGCAACUAGGCACUAUUGAUUCUAACCCUCGCAAUACACAAGCAGCUAUCAUGAACAUUAAAAGUUUUGUUAGCCUAGGUCUAGAGACAAUGACCACAAUGCUAGCACCAGGUGACACACAGUACUACCUACCACUAGUUAAAGAGUCGGAGUAUAGAGCUCGAUCAGCUUCGUUCUACAUCAAGCCUGGCUAUAAAAUGUAUGUGAGCAUUGAUGUAUACGAUAAUUGCAGGGUAUACUUGGAGAAAGGUGAACACGAUCACCAACUAAAGUGGCCCAUGCCUGAAAUAGAAAUUGAACUCAGUACUAGAGAGAAUGAAACCCUGUAUAGUGAAACACUCUGCACCAGAUGUGACCUCACAGUGAACCGACUAGUGGGGGACAAAGAACAGCAAGAUAUCAAUCCACACCUGCAUUGCAUUAGUAGACUAAAUAAGUUUGUAACAGACGUUGUGUUCCUGGCAGUCAAAAAGCAUAUUUGUACGAAAAGUGGACUAGUAUGAGUGACGAGAGAGGGACUUUCCCCCCGGCACAAUGAUAUAUAUACUGUAUAUACAUGUACACAUUUACCACACUGCUAGCUGAUUGUGUACUAUGAUGACUCUACUUUGAGUCAGGACAUCAAGACACCUCACAAUAAUUAUUCAUAUCCCAUAGUUCAGAGGUUCCACAAUACACACCUUAUCUUGUCCCCUCAUCAGCAUGGUAGUGUUUCUUCCCCUUCUUCAAGUGUCUCUGUCUCUUCUCACUCGGCCUAGGUCAAGAU